UUUUCAUUGAAUAGAUGAACUUUUAUGAUUUUAAUACGGCGACACUACAAUGGACGAGAAAUAUAACAAACAAUUGAAGAUCGCAACACGCCAGAAGCUAAUUAAAUUUGACCAUUUGCGAGGGCGUGAAGUGAAGCCUGGUGAGUUCUGGGAUGUUGUUGUAGUGACAGCUGUGGAUGAAAGUCAAAAAGACGCGUACGAGCUGCAGAUAAAUGCGAAAAUUAAAAGAAAGGAGCUUCCUCUUGGAAUUGACUACAGGGUUGUCUCAGAUCCACCUGGCUAUAAAAUCGGGAAUGGAGGCGCCACUCUGUACACACUUCAGCAACUCAGUGACGUCUAUGGGACAGUUCUGAACAAACUCAGAGUUCUACUAAUUCAUGCAGGUGGCCUGAGUCAGCGCUUGCCUAGUGCCAGUGCGUUAGGGAAGAUCUUUACUGUGCUGCCCUUGGGAAACCCCUUGUAUCAGAUGCUGGAGCUCAAAAUGGCCAUGUAUGUGGAUUUCCCAUCGCACAUGAGACCUGGUGUUCUUGUGACCUGUGCUGACGACAUUGAGCUGUACAGUAUCGCAGAAGAUCAGUGCAUCAGCUUUGACAAACCUGGUUUCACUGCUUUAGGCCACCCAUCUUCUCUGUCUAUAGGCACUACGCAUGGUGUGUUUGUGUUGGACUCUUAUGAAACAUUGUCCCACACGGAAAUGCAGACCACUUCCUGUCUGCGUUUUCUACACAAACCCAGUGUCAAUAAAAUGCGAGACAUGGGAGCUGUCUGUAAUAGUAUCCUGGGCAGAGAGUUUGUGUAUACAGACAGUACCUAUUACUUUGACUUCAAAACGUCACAGCUUCUCCUGAAUCUACUCAAAGAAGUGGGACCCCUGGAAUGUGAGAUUGAUGCAUAUGGAGAUUUUCUUCAAGCACUUGGUUCAGGCGCCUCCGUAGAGUACACCAGCAAUACUGCCAAUGUCACCAAAGAGGAGGGCAAUUUGGUCGAAAUCCGUAAAAAGAUUUUCCACCUUCUCAGAGGCACCCAACUGAAUGUGAUUCUUCUGAAUAACUCCAAGUUUUACCACAUUGGGACGACGUCUGAGUACCUCUUUCACCUCACAAAAGACACAGCACUGAGAAAUGAUUUAGGCCUUCUAUCAUCUGCCUUUAGCCUGCACAGCACUGAGAACUAUGAAGUAACCAAUUCUUGUUGCGUGAUGUAUAGCGUGGUUGAUCCUAGUUGCUCUGUGGGCAUCGGUUCAGUUGUAGAGUAUUGCCAACUUGAAAUGGGAGUUUGUAUUGGCAAAGGGUCCAUAAUAAGUAGCUGCUGGGUUGGCCCUGGUCUGUCUGUUCCCGAUUUAGUCUUCAUGCAUUCACUUUGUGUCAACCACAAGCACAACACAGGAUAUGUAACAGUUGUGUUUGGGAUAAAUGACAACCUAAAGAGCUCUGUGGACAACCGUGCGAAUAUUCAAGGCCUGAAACUUUUUGGUUCAAGUCUACCUGACUGCCUGGCCCACUGGGGAAUGGACAGUGAAGGACUACAUUUUUCUGGUGACAUGUCCUGUUGCAAUUUGUGGAACGCUUGUCUGUUUCCAGUUUGCUGCCAUCAGAAAACCUCUUUCUUGAAGUCCCUGGAGAUGCUUCAAGCAGUGCUCAAUGGCACUACAGUAACUUUACCCAAAGACAUACAGUUGAUGUCUAUGCAACAGGCUUUACAGACCAAGAAUCUAAAGGAGAUGUUAAAAUUCAGAACAGGACUUUUCAAUGAAAUCACUCAGAAAUUGUCAGCCCAAUAGUCCUGUCAACAUUAUUUUUUGGUUUUGGUUAAUGUAAUCAGGUUUUAAAUCAUGUAUGCAAAAUUAGAUCUU